CCAGCAACCACUUGUGUCACAAACAUCAAUUUCUGCUAAUAUUUCAUUAUUAUCUACUAUUGUUUAGUACCACGUAAGCUACAUUUGGUGACCAAUUAAGUCGUUGCUCUUUCGCUUUCUGUAUCUGUCUGAUUCAAGCUCCCACCUGAACCGCUUGUUCUUGCUUUUCAACUCCAUCUCAAGCAACCCCAUUUUUUAUUAUCUUCUUCUUAAGCUAUUUGUCAUGGAGGGUAUUGUGUUAUUCCCCUUGUUUCUCUCCAUUCACCUUCAGCUCAGAAGUGGGUCGUUGAAUUUGGGUUGAAUUUUCUGGUAUUUGAUAUGGUGGCUUCAGAAAGAUUGGAACUUAUUGCAUUUCGGUGGUGGGUUGUUCUACUGUUACUGAGUCCUGUGGCGGGUCUCAGACCCUUAAGAGAGAGAAAUCGAUCAUGGGGUGAUGAGUGGCAGUUUACAAGAAAGGAAGAGAGUGACAUAGGUCCAUUUUCACAAUGGAACAUAACGGGAACUUACAAAGGGACUUGGAACUUUUUAGAUGCCACAAAUGGCUCUUCCAGAUUCCCAGACAUCCAAAAAACAAAUGGCAAUUCCGUUAUUGAAUUAGUUAGUACACCCACAAAGAUAACCGGAGUACAUUAUGUCCAUGGGGUAGUUAUAUUCCAUGAUGUGUUUGACAAUGGAUACAAUGUUGGCGGUGCUCAAAUCAGAGUAGAAGGUGUAUAUAUAUGGCCUUUUAGACAGCUUCGAAUGGUAGCCAACAGUGGAAAAGGAGAGUUCAAUCAGGAUGAGGAUUAUAUUUUAUCUAAUCCAUAUCAUCUGCUUGGAGUUUUCUCAUCUCAAGUACUGCAAGAUUCUUCACGAGAUAAGAAUUGGAGAAGAAAACAUUCUCUGAUCCGUGACAUGGAUAAACAUUGUAAUAUUGAAAUUGCUGCAAAGGUUUCACACUUGCCAUCAUCAAAAGAUGAAGGCGAGCAUGAUUCUUUUCAUCUAGAAGGAUUAAUGGAGAGUCCCUCAGCGGAUGACAGUGGGGACUGCUUCUCACCGUUACUGUUAAAUGCAACUUCUGUUAAAAUUGAGGUCUACUACAACAAAGCAGUGAACUAUACCUUGAUGGUCACUUUUAUCUCUUUCCUGCAAGUUCUUCUACUGAUUCGUCAAAUGGAGCAUAGCAGCACUCAAUCUGGGGCGGCUAAGGUUUCAAUUUUAAUGAUCGGCCAGCAAGCGAUAAUGGAUGCCUAUCUUUGCCUUUUACACCUGACUGCAGGAAUAUUAGUUGAAUCCUUGUUUAAUGCUUUUGCAACUGCUGCAUUUUUCAAGUUUGUCGUCUUCUCAAUAUUUGAAAUGAGAUAUCUCCUUGCUAUUUGGAAGGCAAAUAGGCCUUUAAGUCAUGGGGAAGGUUGGGAGACAAUGAGGCGUGAACUUUCAGUUUUAUACAGUCGAUUCUAUGGGAUCCUGUUGGGAGGUAUUCUACUCAUGUAUGAGUUCCAUCACUAUUUGAAGACUAUUCUUCUUCUUAUGUACUCCUUUUGGGUACCUCAGAUAAUCACCAAUGUUAUUCGUGAUUCACGCAAACCAUUGCAUCCUCAUUAUAUAUUAGGGAUAACUGUUACUCGGCUAGCAAUACCAUUAUACAUUUUUGGUUGCCCUAACAACUUCAUGCGCAUAGAACCUGACAAGAGCUGGUGUGUUUGUUUGACUGUAUUUAUUGGGUUUCAAGCUGCAAUUCUUCUACUUCAGCACUAUCUGGGGUCGCGUUGGUUCAUUCCUCGUCAGAUUCUACCCGAGAAAUACUGCUAUUAUAGGAGGUUUGAUCAGGAUACAAGACAUGCUAUGGACUGUGUUAUUUGCAUGACAGCCAUUGAUCUUUCCCAAGGAACUAAUGAUUGCAUGGUAACACCUUGUGAUCAUUUCUUCCAUUCUGGUUGUUUGCAAAGAUGGAUGGAUAUAAAGAUGGAGUGCCCAACUUGCCGUCGCACUUUACCACCUGCUUAGAGAGAUUUUUUUCACUUUUUAUGCCAAUAGGACCUAACUAACCCUGCUCAACUUGGUAGUUUUAGUAAUAUGCUUCACUUUUUAUUGUCAUCCUUUUUGUUGUGAUGUUGAGCACCAAGUCUAAGGUUGUCUUCUCAUAGAAAUUGUAAUUUCAUUUUUCCACUCCACAUUAUUUCAGACGCUGAGAAUAUUGUUUUUGUACAUAAGUUGGAAAGGCAAUGAAGAUAAUUGUUUCUUUUUUUAAUACAAAGUA